UUCUGCGCGCACACACACACCACCGUACGUGGUCACUCCUCCUUGCGUGUGCGUGCGCGCUCUCUCCUAUCGCGUGGUGGUGGUCAUCCAUAUUGCUGGUAGUGGAGGAGAUUACUUAGUAAUAUUAGAGGUUUACGGAGGCUUUUUAAUGUUUUAAUUUAAAGAGACCACUCUGCAUCUUAGACUGAAGGCUAUUUGGUCUAGGGGUGGAGUGGAGAGAGUAGAGACAAGAGGUUAUUCGCAGGAUACACGUUAUUUGUUGCUCGGUUGAAGGCGGAUUUGGGGGUAUCGUGUUGGUAAAAGGAGAAAUGGCCACUCAGGUGGAGGCUCUCCUGCCGAACAAUCCUCUGCUGAACACGGAGGACCGUGGGCACAAUAUUAAGCACGGUGAUGAUCGCUUGGAGAAGGGGCAGAAGCCGACAGCCGUUUUGGAGGAGGCGAGCGACGCCAAGGGAACCGAUGCGGAGUUGGGAGGGUGCACCACCAAGGAACAGAGUAUAAAGCAAGCGAAAGAAGAAAGCAACAACCUAGGGAAAGAGAAUUCGCCGGAAGGAUCGCCAAGUGACUCCAAAGAAGAUGUCAAAAAUAACAAAAAGGAGUUUACAGAGGCUCCGCCGCCCAAGGUGAACCCAUGGACUAAGAAAAUGAACCCCGUCACCGUGGUCGUCGCUGUAAACGGGCAGGCACAUCAGGAACCCACCGGUCCAGCAAAGGUGGUGAAGGCGGGGAACCCCCGUCCCCGAAAAGGAGCAAAGGUCGGUGAUUUCGGUGAUGCCAAUAACUGGCCGACUCCUGGAGAGAUUGCCUCAAAAGACCAACAGGCGGAGGUUAGCUCGAGCAGUGUGUGUGUUAAGGUCACUCGAGAGGCAGGCCCUGCCACCGGCCGGCCCACUGCACCGAAGAAAGUGACCGUGAAGAAGGAGAAGGAGAAACGAGAGAUCGAGGAGACCAAGGAGAAUCAGAAGACCAAAUCGGACGACUCUGGAGAGGAGAAGAACGGGGAUGAAGAGUCCCAGAAAAACGGACAGAAAAAGAAAGGCACCAAGCACAAGUGGGUUCCUCUGGUGAUUGAGGUGAAGUCUGAUGGCCCGCGAGAACGUUCGGCCUCCCGGAACAACACGCGCCAGAACGAUCCGCCACGCAUGCCCCCCAACAGCAGGAACGACCUCCGAGAUUGGCACAGCGGGAAGUACGAGCGGGAGUUCCGUGACGAUCAUGACGAGGUGUCGAGUGUGAAGAGUGAGGGUGCUCCGUUCCGGGCCGGGUUCCGAGGACGCGGUCGAGGCAGAGGGAGAGGACGAGGACGAGGACGAGGAGGAAGCAGAGGGCAUUACGACUAUCACUAUGGUUACAAGGCCUACGAAGGGAAAGAUGGCGCCUAUGGACCCAAAUUCAACAGCUCCGUUACCUAUUACUAUGACAACCUCAGCAGCCAAGACCUGUACUCUGUGGACCAGGACUUGCUGAAGGACUACAUCAAGAGGCAGAUUGAGUACUACUUCAGUGCGGAUAACCUGCAGAGGGACUUUUUCUUGCGGAGAAAGAUGGACGAGGGGGGCUGCCUGCCCAUCUCCCUCAUUGCCAGCUUCCACCGAGUCCAGGCUCUCACCACAGAUAUCAACCUGAUCUUCGAGGCUUUGAAAGACAGCAAAGAGGUUGAGAUCGUUGACAUGAAGAUGCGCUGUAAGGUGGAACCUGAGAAAUGGCCCCUGCCUGGCUUCGGGGGACCUGACCAGAACCAGACCGAUUUCUCCCAGCUCAUCAACUGUCCCGAGUUUGUGCCCAGACAGGCCGCGGAACCAGAGUCCAACUCCCCCCGCGCCUCCACCUCUGGUCAGUCCAGAGCUGAGGAUGUGAGUAACUUGAAGACCAUGCCCAAAGGUCUGUCCGCCAGUCUGCCCGACCUUGACUCGGAGUCCUGGAUCGAGGUGAAGAAGAGGCCUCGGCCGUCACCCGCCAGGCCUAAGACCCCUUCGUUGCAGAAGGUGGAGGAUAGCCUGAUCUCCACGGUGACCACCCCAACCGGCACCCCGAUGCCCAAGGACAAGGAGCCGGACGAGCCGGAGGAGCUGGACUUCAUGUUCGACGAGGAGAUGGAGCAGAUGGACGGCCGCCGCAACACCUUUACCGACUGGUCCGACGAGGACACGGACGGCGAAAUCGACGACCACGACGUCAACAAGAUCCUCAUCGUCACGCAGACGCCGCCGUACCUGCGCAAGCACCCCGGCGGAGACCGCACUGGCAACCACACCUCGCGCUCCAAACUCACCUCCGAGUUGGUCAAGGUCAUCAACGACGGCCUCUACUACUACGAGCAGGACCUGUGGGAUGACAUCAAUGAGCCAGAGUACGCCACCAUCAAGCUAGAGGUGGAGAACUUUAAGAAGGUUCACCUGAUCACCAAGGAGGAGUUUGACUGCCUGACCCCGGAGCCACCGGUCGACCCCGACCAGGAGGUUCCUCCUGGACCCCCCCGCCCUCAGCAGAUCCCCACUGACGCUCUGGCCAACAAGUUAUUUGGCGCCCCGGAGCCGUCCACGAUAGCCCGCUCCCUGCCCACCACCGUGCCUGACUCCCCCAACUACCGCAGCGGCCGCACCCCGCGCACCCCCAAAACACCGCGCCUCAAGGACCCCAUGCAGACGCCGCGCUUCUACCCCGUGGUCAAGGAGGGCCGGCCCGUGGACGCCAAGACCCCACGCAAGAGGAAGACUCGACACAGCUCCAACCCCCCAAUGGAGUGCCACGUCGGAUGGGUCAUGGACUCCAGGGAACACCGCUCACGUACUGCCUCAGUCAGCUCCAACGCCAGCCCCUCGGAGGGCACCCCUGCCCUGGGCAACUUCGGGUGCACCCCCCAGUCUCUGCCCAAGUUCCAGCACCCCUCCCACGAGCUGCUCAAGGAGAAUGGCUUCACACAACACGUCUACCACAAGUACCGCCGCCGCUGCCUCAACGAGAGGAAGCGUCUGGGCAUUGGUCAGUCCCAGGAGAUGAACACGCUGUUCCGGUUCUGGUCCUUCUUCCUGCGGGAUCACUUCAACAAAAAGAUGUACGAGGAGUUCAAGCAGCUGGUGGUGGAGGACAGCGCAGCUGGAUACCGGUACGGCCUGGAGUGUCUGUUCCGAUACUUCAGCUACGGUCUGGAGAGGAAGUUCCGGCCUGAUAUCUUCAGAGACUUCCAGGAGGAAACCAUGAAAGACUAUGAAGCUGGCCAGCUGUACGGACUGGAGAAGUUCUGGGCUUUCCUGAAGUACUCCAAGGCCAAGACCCUGGAGAUCGACCCGCGUCUGCAGGAGCAUCUGAGCACCUUCAAACGCCUGGAGGACUUCAGAGUGGACCCCCCGAUGGAGGAAGGCGGGAGGAAGAGGCACUCCUCCAGCGGAGACGGUCGCCGCCGCCACCCCUCCCAGCCCACUCACGCCCCCCUGCAGGUGGCCCGGCCGCCCUCCCAGGGCCCCCCCAGGGAUGAUGCCAAACCCAGCAGCCAGCGAAGCCUCGCCCUUGACGCCAAACCCCAGAAGUAGCCCCGCGGUCCCCAUGACUACGGCAAAAGCCCUCUCUACUUCCUGUGCCCCAACCACCCCCCCCCCCCCCGCCCGAGGAACACUGCCCGGCGCUGAGCAAGCAUGACAACAAACCAGACCACCGCUGACUUGGACAUGACCCACCGCUCCUGGCCACACAAUAUCAAAGCUCUUCCAUUUGAUUUUUAGCUUCAUUUUUUUUCUCACGUUUCCUCAACGUUUAAAAAUGAAAAAAAAAACGGCGUCAUGAUGGUGUUAAGGGCUGGAGAGACUGCUUUUAUUUUGUUUUGUUUUCUCCUCCCAACCCCCCCCCCCCCCCCACCCUCAACGUCUCAUCGGAGUUGUUUUGUUUUUAUUUUCCUGCUCUGGAAUUGGCUGGAUCUGCAGUUUUAGAUCGUUGGAUUGGCUGGAUUUAGAAGAGCCCGCCUUUCUUCCAGAGCUGUGCUGCGAGCGCACUCCUGAGACGGCCUCUCACUCUCUCCCCCUCUCUUUGUUUUUACCACUUCUUUUCUGGAAAGCCCAGUGGGAAUUCUUAAGUUGGAGUAAGAGAGAAACUUUUGUGUUGAACUGAAGAUUUGGGGGGGGGAGAAAAAAAAAAUACAAAAAAACAAAAACAAUUUGUGUUGAGUUGGAAUGUUAUGAAUUGAAAGACAAGCGAAAAGAAAACCAAACUGUUGAGUAGCAGUGGGGCAGGAUUUAAAUCUCUUUAUAUAUAUCGAUAUAUAUAUAACACACAAAAGGAGGGAAAAAAAAGACUGAAGACCCCCCUGUCUCCCGUCUCCUUUCUCUGAUCAAGCUGACUGAAAGUUGCCUUAUUUACUUCUAUGGUUUUCUGCUUACUUUGCGCCAGUCACCUUAAUGUUGAUGUACAGCAUUUACCCUGACGAUAUGCAACUGUGCGCACACACUCAUACACUAAUACACACACACACACACACACACACAC